UCUUAAAGUGUGAUAACCGGACAACUGUCAGUGUUGGAGAAGAAUUUGAUCUUUAAAUACUUAAUUUAGGUACUUGUAUAUAUUUAUUCAUUUUCAGUGUUGCAAAGGAAAAUAGAAGCCAAAAAAUGGAAAAGAAAGUAGUAGCAGAAGAAGGUCAAGAGGAAGAGCUUGCUCUUCAAAUCCCUCUUCUCACUCCAUACAAACGGGGGAACUUCCAACUUUCCCAUAGAAUUGUUUUGGCACCAUUGACUAGGCAGAGAUCUUUCGGAAAUGUUCCUCAGCCACAUGCUAUCUUGUAUUACUCUCAGAGAACCACCAAAGGAGGCCUUCUCAUAUCAGAGGCCACUGUAGUUUCUGACACAGGCCGAGGGAUCCCAGUUACACCUGGUAUAUGGACAAAGGAGCAAGUAGAAGCCUGGAAACCCAUAGUAGAUGCUGUGCAUGACAAAGGCGGUAUCUUUUUUGCCAGAUUUGGCAUGUGGGGAGGGUUUCAAAUCAAGGGUCCCAGAUACACCUGGUAUAUGGACAAAGGAGCAAGUAGAAGCCUGGAAACCCAUAGUAGAUGCUGUGCAUGACAAAGGCGGUAUCUUCUUUUGCCAGAUUUGGCAUGUGGGGAGGGUUUCAAAUCAAGGUAUUUUUUUGACUUCUUAGCUCAUUUAUUCUUGUCAUGGGAUGACUUUUAACCAAGCACCAGUUAGGAUAGGGUAAGUUAAAUGUUUCAAAUGUGCUUCUUUUUUUUUUUUUUUCUGGCAAAACAGGAUGUAUUAGUAUCCACAAGUUUGAACUGCCUUAAACAAUUCAUCAGAUUUAAAACUACCUUUCUAUUGGAAAAAAAAAAUAGCUUUCUUGUUUGUGUAACAGAAUUUUCUGGUAGAACUUUUUGCUUGCUAGUUUUCAGCUGUUGCAUUGUUAUAUAGAAAUAUAUACUAAUUUUUUUUUGGUUUAUGUAUAAAUUUACCAAUAUAUUUUUUCCUGUAUCUUAGGCAAUAAAUGGGUGUUUUUGAAAAUUUUGUUUUUGUUGAUUCCUGUCCCAAUAGUCGGUAAAUGGGCGUUUUUGCAAAUUUGGUUUGGUUGAUUACCUGUCUCAAAUAUUUGAUCCAGGGGGAGUUUUUAAAUUUUUAUUUAUUAAACUUCACUGGUAGUUGUUGCUUGAUAAUGUGCAGGAAACAUGUCAAGCUUUGAAUCCAAGAAGAACAGUGUUCCUAUUACCUUUAAGCAAAUCAUGUAAUUUACUUUUCUGCUUUGGGUAGAUUGCAAAUAUUGUUUUUAGGAUUUUGUCACGAAAUUGCCAAAGGGGGAGAUUAUGAGAUAUUAUUUAUUUUUGGCAAUUAUCGUAGACAUAACAAGUCCAAGUUGAGUUGUAAUUGAAAUUACUUGUUCUACAAGUCAUCAAGUUCAACAGGGAUUCCACAACUGGAAGGAGUUCAAACUUACCAUACUUGAAGAGUGUGUGAUGAAAAGGGUAAGGACACUACAUUAGGAAGGAAUAUGAACAAGGUUGGACAUUCUACACUUUCCAUGUUAGUCUACAAUUUUCGUAGAAUGAACCAAGGCUGAAGGAAUUCGAAAUCCAAGUUGCUGUUGGACGGGGGGUUGCAAAGCCAGAGGAUUGUCAGCGGUUGGUGUGGUGUAGAACGAUAGGGUGUGAGCCAGAGUCAAAGUUCGGUAUACUUUGUUUCAAGCAUAGUGGAUUGGUUUAUUUUGGACUGCACAAGUCCACGAGGUUUUUCCUAUAACAGCUGACGUAUUUUAUCAAUUGGGGUUUCCUCGCUAAAAUCCUGGUGUCAUCUCUAACUUUAUACUUUGCUUUAUUUUAUCUGCAUGUGAUUAACUGUUUAAUUGCUAAAAUAUAAAAUAAGUAAAGUAGUUAAUAACACAGAUUUGUUUUAUAAAACAAACAAAAACUUUCCUAUAUACAUUCCACUGCGUACGACUCACAAUUUGGUGUCAGAGCCAACUUCUAUACAUUGAGUUGAUCCUUACUGGAAAGUUUUGUUUUGUAUUCAAAAAUUGUUUUCAUCAUGUUUAAAAAUUCUAGAAGGUUCCUUAAAAAUAGAAAAAAUAUUAAUUGUAAUAAAGGAGAUCCUUCUAAAUUGAAAGAUAAGGAAAACAAUAAAGAUGCUUCUAUUGCUUUUAUUGCCCAUAUUCAUAAUGAUCCUACUAAUAAUUCUUCUUUGUGUGUAGGAAAUCUUACCCAACUUGAGUUAUUAAGCAUGGAUGUCAAGGAGCAAUCUAAGAAGUUGAGAGAAAUAGAAAGCAUGAAUGAUGCCUUAAAAAAGGAAAGAGAUACCUUGAAGAUGGAGAAUGAUUCCUUGAAGAAGGAGGAUAAGCAAAAACAGAAAUUACUUGAGGAGAACAAAUCUGAAAUUCAAAAUCUUCAUGACAAGGUAAAAUUCCUUGAGAGCGAGGUAAGUCAAGCUAAUUCUGCUAGAGAAUCUGUUAUUGCCAAAUUUAAUUUUCUUGAACUUGAAUUGAAAAAAUCUCAAGAGAAAUUAAUUACUUUUACUUCUGGGCAGAUUAAGCUUGAAAAGAUGAUUAGUGUUGGUAGAAAUGGCAAAUUCCCCAUCCCCGCCGGGUCCCCGCCCCGUUUAUAGCGGGGAUGGGGACCAUUUUAUGUAAACGGGGAUAAGGAUGGGGGUAAAUUUUGAAAACCCGGCGGGGAUGGGGGCGGGGGCUGGGAUGGGGUAAACUCGCCCCGCCCCGCCCUGCCCCGAUUAAGUGUUAAAUUACUAAUAUAUCCUUACAUUUAAUAAUUUAUUACUAAAUUUGAUUUAGUUUAUAUAUGAAAAUAAGAAAAAUUAAGUUUUUUUAUAAAAAUAAUAUAUGUUA